GACAGUUGAGUGAAAUGAAAAUUAUGUGAUUUUGAUUUUGCAUGUUUCAUCAGAUAUUUUUGGGAUUUUGGGUGAACUGUCUAAUUCGAAAAUGGCAAUUGCAUUGAGGAAUAUCUGUAAAUUUUCGACAUUACCAAGUUUGAUUUCGUCAAGGAGUACCAUUCAUAAUUCAGAAAAUAUUUACAAACAAUUGUUCCCAAUUCAGCAUGAACAGUUUUCCACAAGAACAAGUCCAAACUUACAUCAUAAUGAUCCUAAUUGCAAAAAGUAUGCCGCCGGCAGUGAAAUCACUUCAGAAAACAGGGACAUUGGCAUUGAAUUCUUAAGGAAAGAAAAUAUACUUGUUAUGGCAAACCUAAACCCCCUGAAAACCCUGCACCAGAAUGAAUUGAAAGACAUUUGUGAAAGGUGUACUAAUACUAUUCCAGAACCUAUAAAAUCCCAGGAACAUCUAUUUAGUAAGAAUGAGAAUACAUCAACAUCAAAUAAACCCAGUCCAGAAAAGUUGGCACAUGUUCUAGAAGUCCUAGGAAGGACCCUCCCAAAUAUCUUCAUUCAACCUCUAGACUACACAAUUUAUCAUCCAGAUGUAAUCUUUGAGGAUCAUAUUAGAAAUAUCAGAACUGUAGGCCUGUAUAGUUAUGUAAAACAAGUAGCUCUUCUCAGAACUGUGGGACAUUUCAAAUUUGCUUAUGUUAAGUUUGAGAUUUUGAAAAUCACCAAACAUCCUGAGGAUUCAACAAUUAAAAUUAGAUGGCAGAUUAAAGGAAUUUCAGCUCUGAAAGUGAUGAUUACAUUUUGGAAAUACAAGUUGUGGGAUUAUCAAGAAAUGUUCAAAAAAUCACACAGCUGGUAUGAUGGUUUUUCAACAUUUUAUGUUAAUUCAGAGGGACAGAUCAUUAAACAUGUUGCAGAUAAGAUGAUGCCUGACACAGAUAGUGAGAUAGAAACUAAGAGUAUUGAAAAUUCAGCCAAGCUAGCUUUAAUUGUAGGUAUUAUCCCAAAGUUUUCAGAACUAAAUUCAAUAGUCUAAUGGCAUUCAAAAUCCAUUCAUUUCAAACUAAGUUGAAAGUUUAUUGAAUCACAGGUAACAGAGAGUGUUUCAUCUUCUACAAGGUUUUCAUCUAUAUGUUGACCUCCCCCCCUGUGGAUUCUAGUAAAAAAAAUACCCAAAAAAAACUAAUAGUAUACUCCAAUCAAACCUAGAAUUGUCUUAUCCAAUAUGAAAUAAUAUAUUGGGUGUUUUAUUUCAAAAACUGAUGUUAUUAUCUAUUUCCAAUUUGUGAUGCUCAUUCACCUAUCUGUUAUGAGAUGUUUAAUGACAGAAUGAUAUGAUGGUUCAAGAAUAACCAUGGAACUUUUCUAUUCAAAGAUUUUUGCUAUCUAUGAUUUUAAACUCUACUGAAGUGGGGUGGCUAAAUAUAAAUGAAUAAUCAGUAGUCAGUGCCUAGAGUGUCUUGGCACUUAUGAAGAUAAACAUAUAAAGGCUCUCCUCGAACCUGCUCUUAUGGAAAUAUUUUGUGAUCCAAAUUACACUAUGUUACUUGUUCAAAGCAAACCCAAAUGAAUAUUUUUAUUAUUUAUUUAUAUUUUUGUUGUAUGUUUCAAUAAAACACAUUCUCUU